CUGGGAGGCGUGAAUCAGUUCGGAUUAAGUUGCACUGGCACUAUGUUUGGCGGCGCAUUUAUCGGCCUCAUGGGGCUGUUGGUCUUAUCAACAAUCCAGGCACAGCAGCAGCAGCCUUGUGGGAGACUGAGGCAACAUCAGCUGUACAACCGCAGGGAAAUUACCGAUCCGGAUGAGUACCCGUGGCUGGGACGUAUAGGCUACAGCUCAAACGAGUCAGGGGCAGACCCCAAGGAAUACAGAUACCUCUGCCUCGCCGUGCUCCUCAGGGAGCGCCACGCGAUCCUCCCGGCCCAUUGCAUAGGGGAAGAUUCGUCUAUGGAGCCCACGACAAUACUUUUCGGUGACUGGAGGUCCAACCAGGCCACCCACGAGAGAGACUGCCUUACGGCGGACAGCUGUGCACCCCCGCCGGAGUCGUACACGAUCCUGGAGCUGGCCAUUCAUCCGCAGUACGACCGGAUUCGGCACGACCACGACAUCGCCCUGGCCAAGCUGGAUCGGAACGUACGCUUCGGGGACUUUGUGCAGCCGAUCUGCCUGCCGCCCGACCACGAGGUCGAGGGCAACCACAUUGGCCAGCGGCUGGAGAUGGUGGGCUUCCUCCGCACCACUGGCACGGAGGGCAGCUGGCGCUGGAAACGCCAGGUGCACACCCUCGGCUCGAAGUACUGCUCGACCCAUCCGGGCUUUGCCGGGUUCAACCUAAGCUCGAAUCACAUCUGCGGCUUGAUCUCUAGCACUGAGCCCUUUAUGUCUGGCUCCCCGAUGAUGGGCGUCAACGUGGUCGAUGGGAAUCCGGACAGCUUCUAUCUCAUAGCGACCGCCACUUUUGGAGUGUCACGAAAACGCGAGAUCGUCCCAGAUGGCUUUAUGCGUAUCUACCCGUUCAGGGAGUGGAUCGUUAGAAAUAUGGUGUAGAGACGAGCAAAAUCUCAGUCUGUAUCUCUCAGAUCUAAUCUAACAAUAAACCGGUGUAAGAAGAACUCAGCUCAAGCUCGCUUACACUCCAUAAGCCCCAA